UGAAGAGCAAAUUUUAAUAUUUGUAUUGCCACCCAACACCACUCAUUUAACACAGCCACUUGACAAAGGGUGUUUUGGGCCAUUAAAAACUGCUUGGAAGGCUGUGUGUCAUGAGUUCUGCACUAAAAACCCUGGUCGUGUGGUAACCAGAUACGAUUUCUCUGUAUUAUUUGCUGAUGCAUGGAGAAGGUAUAUGACACAGAGAAACAUUGCAAGUGGCUUUGAAGUAACUGGCAUAUGUCCUUUCAACAGAAAUGCUAUUAAAGCUGGCAAUGACAAGCAAGAAACCAUCAGCCGUUCACUGUUAGACCAGACUGGUCUAGCAUACAUACCGCUCUAUAGUCCAGACAUAAAGAGAACGAGGGAUCAUAAUACUUCAUUCAAUUCUAGUCUCUUGGAGAGAUCACUUUCAGAGAAUGAUUUAUCACAAGCUGUCACUCCAAUGCAAAGAGUAAUGCCUAUAGAGUCUUUUCUGAAAACUCCUAGUCAUCCCAGUAGCAAGCCCACCCUGAAACCUAAAUCAUGUGGAAGAGUAUUGACUAGUGUUAAAUUCAUGACAUGUAUAAAGGAAAAGGAAAGAAUGAAGCAGGAAGCCUUGAAGGAGAAGGAGCGUAAAAGAAUUGCUAGACUUGAGAAUCAGAAGGAAGCUAAUAGAGUAAAAGAGUUGAAGAGAAGUGCAAAUUUUACUAUGAGUGAGCACAGGCAAUUUUCUAAGAGGUUUGAAAAUGGGUAUGACAUUCCAGAUGAGAGGUAUGAGUUAUGGGUUCAGUUAUAUCGUCCUAAUAUGACAUCUCAAGAUUCAAAUGCUGAAGAUGAAGACCAAGAUUCCUUGAGUAAUGACACUGAUGAAGGAGAAGAGCUUUCAAUGAGUGCUGCAAACAGCAUAGAGACACAGACACAUACUGUCACAGCUAAUAACAGAGCAAAAAGAGUUGCACCUAUCAAGGGAACCAUUGCUACUAAAGUUGAUGCCUCUGUUACUUCUAAUGCUAAGAAGGCUGUGAGGUCUAAAGAGACAGCAAUCGCUGUACCUACUACUAGGAGUGUUAGAUAUAAAGAGAGAGUUUUACCUAUUAAAGAAAGUGUUAGAGCUAAAGAGACAGUUGAACCCACUACAGAUAUUAGUACUGCAGCCAAAGAGAGCAAUAGAACUAAAGAAAUAGAGAGAGUUGUACGUACUGCUAAGGGGUGUAAGGGAAGUGUUAGAACUAAAGAAACAACUGUAAGUCCUGCUAAUGCAACUACUGCUAAGAAAAGUGCUAAAGAAUCAGCUGAUUAUCCUACUGCAAAGAAGAGUGUUCAAAGUGCACAUAGAGUUGAUACAAGAAGGAGUGUCAGAACUAAACGUAAAAUGGAAAGAGUUGGACAAUGUACAGUGAAUAAUGGUAUUGCUAAAGAUGCAGUCCCUCCAACUACUCAUGCUACCAAAAGGAAUGUUAAAUCUAAAGUCAAGUCUGAUUGUUCCCUACGACAAUGUUCACAUCCUGAUGAGUCUAAUUGGGUCUUUUGUUGCAGCUGCAACCAGUGGUAUCACUGUUAUUGUUAUAAAAUUUCAUUUCAAAAGGCGAAAUCAAAAAACUUUAAAUUUACAUGUAACAACUGUAAAUAAUAACUAAUUUUAAUAAUAAUCAAUAAUGUUAGGCGUGUCCGUUUAUUGUAGAAGAAGUUAAAUAUUUUUUAUGGUAGCUGAGUGUACCUAAGAAGCCGGCUGUGUGAUCCUUUUUGAAGAAGACAGUCGGUACUAAAGUUCUGGUGGUAUAAAACUAUUCUUCGAAUAAAGCUUGCUUCGUUGUGGUUAAGUGACGAAAAUUGAGUGAACUCGGCCGAUUAUCGUGUGAAUCCACGAAGUGUGUUUAGCAAGUUAUAUCUUUACAAAGAAAGAAGGUGAUCCUUUGAUUUUUACCAUGCAAACAGUUAUUCGUAGACAAAGAGAGAGUCAGAAAGAUUGUACAGUACGAUAGAGAAGUGCACCAGUUACUUGUACACAAGUAGUGGGUCAGAAAGUUAUUACAGUACAAAAGACUGAAGUUCACCAGUUACUCGUACACAAGGAGAGGGUCAGAAAGAUAGUAUAGUACAGAAGAGAAGUGCACUAGAGAGGGUCAGAAAAAUAGUGCAGUACAAAA